AGCCUCUUAUAUAGGAGGUCAGGUCUAAAGUCUCUUUGGGUUCGCAGCACAUUCUUCUCUCUGUCUUAAAAGUUUCUAUUUUUAUUGCAGCCCACAGUUUUCUGGGCUUAAUUUUUUUUAUUUUAUUUUUUUCAAUGGCCAAGGGUCUCUCUGUUAUGUGGGUUUUUCUUGUACUAUUGGUCUUGGUUAGAAAUGGAAAAGCAGCUGGUCGUUUUGACCCUUGGGAGUCAAAGAUUCGUAUGCCUACUGAGAUGGCUGAGGGGACUAAUCAGGAGGAUUUAGAGGGAGAAAUUGGGACCAGAUGGGCUAUCCUUGUGGCUGGUUCAUCUGGUUAUGGAAAUUACAGGCAUCAGGCUGAUGUGUGCCACGCCUAUCAAUUGCUUAUAAAAGGUGGGUUGAAAGAGGAGAACAUAGUUGUGUUCAUGUAUGAUGAUAUUGCCAAGAGUGAACUCAAUCCAAGGCCUGGGGUCAUCAUUAACCAUCCACAAGGUGAUGAUGUCUAUGCUGGAGUCCCAAAGGAUUAUACUGGUCACCAAGUGACCACAGAGAAUCUGUAUGCAGUACUUCUUGGGGAUAAGAAAGCAGUGAAAGGUGGAAGUGGCAAGGUUAUAGACAGCAAACCCAAUGAUAGGAUCUUCAUAUACUACUCAGAUCAUGGAGGCCCUGGAGUUCUUGGGAUGCCAAACAUGCCUUUCCUUUAUGCCAUGGAUUUCAUAGAAGUUUUGAAGAAGAAACAUGCAGCAGGGACUUAUAGAAAGAUGGUCAUAUAUGUAGAAGCAUGUGAGAGUGGGAGCAUUUUUGAAGGUAUAAUGCCUAAAGAUAUGAACAUUUAUGUAACUACAGCUUCAAAUGCACAAGAAAACAGUUGGGGAACCUAUUGUCCUGGGAUGGAGCCUCCUCCACCCCCAGAGUACAUCACUUGCUUGGGGGAUUUAUACAGUGUUGCUUGGAUGGAGGAUAGCCAGGGCCACAAUCUGAAGAGAGAAACUAUUAAACAACAAUAUGAAACGGUGAAGGAACGGACUGCGAAUGCCAACGAUUUCGUCAACAGUGGAUCUCAUGUUAUGGAAUAUGGGAGUAGAAGUAUAAGAGCAGAGAAGCUCUAUCUCUACCAAGGUUUUGAUCCUGCCACUGUUAACUUCCCACCCAACAAUAACAAACUACAUAUGCCUAUGGAGGUUGUGAACCAAAGAGAUGCAGAGCUAUACUUCAUGUGGCAAUUGUACAAAAGAUCAGAAUUAGAGAAGAAGACAGAGAUUUUGAAACAGAUAAAGGACACAACAAGGCACAGAACACACUUAGAUGAGAGCAUAAAACUGAUAGGCUCACUCCUUUAUGGCCCACAAAAGAAUGAAGCUGUACUGAACUCUGUUAGAUCACCUGGUCUGCCGCUAGUAGAUGACUGGAGUUGUCUGAAGUCGAUGGUUCGGGUGUUUGAAAAGCAUUGCGGCUCCUUGACGCAGUAUGGCAUGAAACACAUGCGCGCAUUCGCCAACAUAUGUAACAAUGGUGUUUCCCAAGCUUCCAUGGAGGAAGCUUGUUUGGCUACCUGUGACAACCAUGAUGCUGGCCAGUGGCAUCCUUCAAACAAAGGUUUUAGCGCUUGAUGAUGAUAACUCUCAAGCAGUAGUCUACUUUGUUAGAAAGCCUGUUUCAUUUAUAUAUUUUUAUAUAUAAAUAAAUGUAUUUAUAGUUUACAUGUUGGUAUAAGUAGUGUUUACUUAUGAUAUAAGCUUUGUGUUACAAUACUCGAUAAUGUGUAAAUAUAUAAGGUUACCACAGGUUCAAACAUGGGCAUUUAAAUAAAUUUCUUUUGGGGUGAGU